AUGGGGAGUCCAGUGGCUGCAGCGGUGGUGGCGGUGAUGUUCGGUGCACUGCGCUGGCUGCACCGGACAUUAAACCGGGGCGAGAUUGGUGAGCACGGCCAGAAGGGGAGCAAGGGAGACAAGGGCGAGUCGGGACCUGUUGGACCGCCUGGGAUUCAAGGCCAGAUAGGACAGCCAGGGCCCCUUGGUCCUGACGGGGAGCCCGGUUUGAGGGGGCCCCAGGGCCCCUUUGGCCAGAAAGGGGAUGAGGGGCCCAGGGGAUACACAGGCCCACCGGGCCCUGCUGGCCUUCAGGGGUUGCCGGGAACGCCGGGCGACAAGGGCGACAACGGCGACGUGGGGUCCCUGGGUCCACCCGGCCCCCCGGGAAACCGAGGCCCCCCAGGAUCGCAAGGUGCCGACGGCCCGCAAGGACCGCUGGGAGCCAUCGGAAACCCUGGCGCGUCCGGAGAAAAGGGAGAUGUGGGGGAAGGCGGACGGCCAGGGCAACCAGGAGAGUUGGGUCCUGUGGGCCCUCUCGGAGAGAAGGGAGAUCGGGGCGAGGCCGGGAACGCGGGCACCCCGGGGCCGGCGGGCGGCCGUGGGCAGAUAGGGGAAGAUGGCCCCAAGGGCCACCCUGGCCCCGUGGGAUUCCCCGGAGACCUGGGAGUGCCGGGCGAGCCGGGACCCCCGGGGCAAGACGGCGCGCCGGGCGACGCUGGAGACAGGGUGACCCGGGAGAGCCGGUGA